AGCACAGUCAACAAACACCGUGGGUUAGCAUGCUAAGGUUACAAACUUAACGUCAUAUUUGGAUUAAUUUAACACAUCGUUCAAUGAUCAUAUUAACACUGCGAGUUAAAACACACAUUAGGUCUACUGGAAAAUCCUCAUGAGGUGAUGCUGCAUGUCCUACGGUCCCCUCUGCAGAGACCUCUCAUCUGCCUACAAUGGCCAUGUCUACGCUCCCUCUACUCCACCAAGUCUCAACCUGUCCAGGGGAAGGACUCCACAGAGUCUCGACUGAACCCCCUCAACAUCCAGAUGCUGUCAAAGAAUCUCCAUGAGCAGAUCUUUAGAGGCAUCGAGCCAGAAUAUAAGGAGGAAGAUGUGGAGCGCAGCAUUAAGCACCUGCAGAAGCACCACCUGUGGGGGAAGGAAACUUCACUGCUGCCUGAUGUGGAGCUAAAGCUUCCUAAAAUGUAUGGCAAAAAUAUUGAUGAGCACUUCCGCAUCUUGGCCAAGACGCAAAGCCUUCCCUACCUGGUGGCUGCAGCUUCAUUGCAGCAGGCCGAGCUGCCUCCAAUGCCUCAGGAGUGGACCUGGGGGGUUGGCUGGACACAGUAUGGGCCUGAUGGGGAAAGCAAGAAGGUGGAUUUCCCAGAUGAAACGGCACUGGUGUUUGAUGUGGAAGUGUGCACAACGGAGGGACAAUGUCCUACACUAGCAGUUGCUGUGUCACCUACUGCCUGGUACUCGUGGUGCAGUAAACGUCUGAUUGAAGAGCGGUACUCCUGGUCAAAUCAGUUGACCUUAGCUGAUCUCAUCCCGCUGGAAACAUCCGUGAACUCUGCUCGACCUCAACGUGGUCAGUGGAAGGAGAGGCUCAUAGUGGGUCAUAAUGUCAGUUUUGACCGAUCCUACAUUAAGGAACAGUACUUAUUGAAGGGCUCUAAGGUGCGCUUCAUGGAUACUAUGAGCCUUCACAUGGCCAUCUCUGGGCUGACUGGUUUCCAGCGAACAUUGUGGAUGGCUAGUAAGAUGGGUAAAAAAAGGGGCCUUCAGGAAGUCAAGGAACAUAUUAAAAAAGCUGGACAGAAAAAGGGUGGUCUGACGAUUGGCUCCUGGGACUGGGUGAAUAUUAGUAGCAUCAAUAACCUGGCUGAUGUCCAUAGUCUCUAUGUGGGAGGGCCGCGACUGCAGAAAGAAGCCAGAGAUACUUUUGUGAAGGGAAGCAUGAUGGAUGUCAGGAACAACUUUCAGGAGUUAAUGCAGUAUUGCGCCUUGGAUGUACAGGCCACCCAUCAGGUCUUCACAGAACAGUUACCCCUCUUCAUGGAGAGGUGUCCUCAUCCAGUAACGUUAGCGGGAAUGCUGGAGAUGGGGGUGAGCUACCUUCCUGUCAAUCAAAGCUGGGGACGGUACCUGGAAGAAUCUCAGGACAUAUAUGAAGAACUCCAGAGAGAGCUGAAGAAGUCUCUAAUGAUUCUAGCUGACGAUGCUUGCCAACUCCUUCAGGAUGACAGAUACAAAGAUGACCCCUGGCUUUGGGAUCUUGAGUGGGAUGUGCAGGAAUUCAAGGUGAAGAAAGCAACUGCAAGUAAAAAGAAACGCUCCAAAACAACGGCUGAAAAAGCAGUUAUUCCUACAAACUGGGAAGAAGACCAAGGCCCUCCAUCUGAAGAGGAAAUGGCAGGCCAUUGCCCCAGUAGACUGGCUGUGGAGAAUCUGAAAGAGACAGUGAAUCAACUUCCCAAAAGAAGACAACAUCUGCCUGGGCAUCCUGAAUGGUAUCGUAAGCUGUGUGAAAAGAUGACUGAGGAUAACUGGUCACCUGGAGCCAGUCUCAUAAGUCUACAGAUGAGAUUGACACCAAAGCUGAUGGGUCUGACGUGGGAUGGCUUCCCCCUACAUUACACAGAGAAACAUGGGUGGGGCUACCUGGUCCCUGGCCGCAGGGACAACCUGAAUUCUCAGGAGGAAAAUGAAGGGCCCAUAUGCCCACACAGAACUAUUGAGAGCAUUUACAGAGAGUACUGUGAGCAAAAUAGCAAAGAGAGACCCGAGUAUCUGGACGUCAACCCCUCAGAGGACCUCAUGUUUACAGACACCAGUGUGUGGGCAAAGGUGGAGCAGCUGAGUUCCCUGGAAAGACUGACAGAGGCAAAUGGAGUCAGAAUGGUGAAAGAUGAGAGGAAGAAACACAGCUUGAAUGAAGUGUCCAGAAAUCCACAUCAUAUCUCGGAGGAGAGUCACUGCCAUUAUCACCAUGGAAACGGACCAUACAAUGAUGUAGACAUCCCAGGAUGCUGGUUUUUCAAAUUACCUCAUAAGGAUGGUAAUCACAACAAUGUUGGCAGUCCUUUUUCAAAAGACUUCCUUUCCAAGAUGGAGGAUGGUACUUUAAGGGCAGGAAGAGGUGGGACCAAUGCUACACGUGCUCUGGAGAUCAAUAAAAUGAUGUCCUUCUGGAGGAAUGCUCAUAAACGUAUCAGUUCUCAGAUGGUGGUGUGGCUGCGUAAGGGAGAACUUCCACGAAAUGUCAGCAGACAUAACGAGUUUGACGAAGAAGGUCACUAUGGUGCCAUAUUACCUCAGGUCAUCACUGCUGGAACAGUAACGCGUAGGGCUGUGGAGCCAACGUGGCUGACAGCUAGCAAUGCUCGGCGGGAUCGAGUAGGCAGUGAGCUGAAGGCCAUGGUCCAAGUCCCACCUGGGUACCACCUGGUGGGAGCAGAUGUGGACUCUCAAGAGUUGUGGAUUGCUGCUGUGCUUGGAGAGGCUCAUUUUGCUGGCAUGCACGGUUGUACUGCCUUUGGUUGGAUGACCCUUCAAGGAAAGAAGAGUCAGGGCACUGACCUGCACAGCCGAACCGCCGACACUGUUGGCAUCAGCCGAGAACACGCCAAGGUGUUCAACUAUGGCCGCAUCUACGGUGCAGGACAGCCCUUUGCUGAGAGGCUCCUGAUGCAGUUCAACCACCGCCUCAGUCAACCAGAAGCUGCUAGUAAGGCCCGGCAGAUGUACGCUCUAACAAAGGGCAUACGCAGGUACCAUCUGUCAGAAGAGGGCGAGUGGCUGGUGAAGGAGGUUGAUGUGGACGUGGAGAGGGAUGAGGAUGGAAGUGUCUCCUUGCAGGAGUUGCGGCGAAUUACUAGACUGGCAUCACAAUACACUCGGCGGAGGAAAUGGGAUGUGCUCGGUAAGCGUGUGUGGGCUCGGGGUACAGAGUCGGCUAUGUUCAAUAAGCUUGAAAACAUAGCACAUUCCCAGCAGCCGUCCACUCCUGUUUUAGGCUGCAGGAUCAGCAGAGCUUUGGAGCCAAAAGCAGUUAAAGAUGAGUUUAUCACCAGCAGAGUGAACUGGGUGGUGCAGAGCUCAGCAGUGGACUAUCUCCAUCUGAUGCUGGUGGCAAUGAAGUGGCUCUUUGAGGAGCAUGACAUUGACGGCCGGUUUUGUAUCAGCAUACACGAUGAGGUGCGGUACCUCGUCCGCAGUGAAGAUCGUUACCGAGCAGCGCUGGCGCUUCAGAUCACCAACCUGCUCACAAGGAGCAUGUUUGCUCAUGCACUGGGCAUGCAGGACCUGCCUCAGUCAGUGGCUUUCUUCAGUGCAGUUGAUAUUGACAAGUGUUUGAGGAAGGAGGUCGUCAUGGACUGUGUGACUCCCUCGAAUCCCACAGGCAUGGAACGAAGAUACAACAUAUCACCAGGUGAGGCCUUGGAUGUCUAUCAAAUCAUCGAAAGCACAAGAGGCUCGCUAACCAAAGGAAGAUAAUGUAUUUGGGGCUGAACUCAGAAAAACAGGCCAAACACACAACUACCAGAGCAUUGUUCCAUGACUGGUCAAGUUGGAAAUCUGAGGGAGAAUUUGGAGAAAGGGACCAAAGUGAGUCAAGCUCACUGUUUUCUCUUCUUCUGUUUGGGCUCUUGUGCCUCCUCCUCUUCAUCCUGGGAUGCCGUUGUCUGAAAGGAACGGAGGAAGAAAUAAACAAAAACACAGAUCUUGACCAGCAAAAUCUACUGGAGAACAUUGGGAAAUGUACCAGACUGUAUUCAUAUUUCCAUAUACAGGUCUAAUGUUUCUAUACAAGUUGACAGUGUUUAUAAUAUAGCUACUAGGAUGCAAUAUGAGCUGGGUCUUGCCUGCUGGCUGUCAUCCUGUUCCUGCAGAGCUGCAUCCAGAGUGGCAGCAUUGAUACGGAAGUCUCUCGAAGUGCUCAGCUUCAUGUACUGCAUCAGAUUCACCUGAACAAUAUACAGACAGAGGUUUGUUUAAGACUGACUGUAAAUUGCCAAACUCUCUUGUUCUCUUUAAAGCAGUGUUAAAUGUGUUUCUUUUGUACAUCAGUCAUCCAUCCCACUUACCUUUGACUUCUUUGAGAGUGUGAUGAGGUAUUUUUCAUACUGUUCAAUGCUGAAGAUCAGAUUAGGAAUGACCUUCAUCUCACGCAGGAGUUUUGACUGCCAUAACAGAAAGAAAAAUCAUUUUGUUUUUGUUGUAUGUUUUGUUGCACAAUGUAUGUGCAUAUUUUUUUACAAUAAAGACACAAAGAGAACAUAUUAAGAUAAUGUCAUAAUCAAAAAGCUGUUAUGAGACAAAUGCCCUUACAGAGGCUGCAGUGUUCGCGUCAUUCCUUCGCUUUUUCUUCUUGUCAUCUGCACUUCCACCACUUAGUUCGCCACUCUGAUAGUAAUAACAUGAUAGUAACAAAUUCUUAAGGAUGUAAUUCUGUCAAUUUGACAUAGAUGCUGUUGUCUUUUCUAAAAACACAAAGCUCUGGCGUGGACUGCAGUAGAAAACUAAAGUGUACCUGUGCAUAUGUGAUAAA